GUUUGUCCCAGCCUGUGUGGACUGUACUGUAGCGGGGAGGUUGGCUAAAAUGGCUGCAAGCAACUAUUUCGGCUUUACACAUGGUGCCAGUCCACAGUACAGUACCCAGCCACCCACAGCUUACUCCCAUCCCUCUACUGCCAGCUACAGUGUCCAGCAGGCUCCAGCUGUGGCCCACGCUGUAACCGCCUCAUACUCCCCAGCUCCGGUCCAGGCAGCCCGACCGGUGGCCACAGCCCCUUAUCCUGCCUACCAGAGCCACCAGGCACCACCAGAUUACACCUACAGACAGCCAGAUCCACCACAACCCACCACCACUCCACAGACGUACCAGGUAUACUCAGACAUGCAGCAGGAGAACUAUAGCUAUGUGCGUUCUGCUGCAGUAACCACUUAUGACAACAAACAGUAUUACCAGACAAGUGUAGCACCAGCCCAGAGGACGCCCACAGAUAACUAUUACCAGACCGUCUCAGUAGGAGUGAAAAGCUCUUACAGCCCAGCUCCCUCCACUGUGUACAACCAGCCUCCUCUGGCCCAGAGGCAGGUGACCGCUCUCAAACCUCUGGUUCCCUCCAGUGCUGUGUCAACCAGCUACAACAUCUACCCAGUGUCCACUAGUGUCCAACAGCCCCCAACACCCAUUUCAUCAUACACGCCGGGCUCCUCUUUCAGCUCCACUGUUUCUGCUACCUCUUAUUCAGGUAUCAGCUACUCCAGUUACGAUUCUAUUGGCUAUACCUCUGCAUCCACCCCCACCUAUUACCAGCCAGCUCAGCAGACUUUGGCUCAACCCCAGCCUCCACCACAGCAGCUUCAGCAGCCCCAGCCCUCCAUUCAGCCGCCACCAAAACAGCUGACUAGUUCCUCUUGGAGUACCUCAGGGAGCAACAUGGUGACAACUCCGACCUUAAACUCCUACAAAAAGCCGGCCUUCCACCAGAAUAAAUUGCAAAGGCCCAAAGGGCCUCCAAAGCAGUCUCAGCUUCAUUACUGUGACAUUUGCAAGAUCAGCUGUGCAGGCCCUCAGACGUACCGAGAACACAAUGAGGGCCAAAAACAUAAAAAAAAGGAGGCAGCCCUGAAGGCAGGGGGGCAGUCUGGGACCACCAAUGGGCCCAGAGGAGUCCAGACCCAGUUACGAUGCGAACUGUGUGAUGUUUCAUGCACUGGGGUUGAUGCCUAUGCUGCUCACAUCCGGGGGGCAAAACACCAGAAGGUGGUUAAACUUCACACUAAACUUGGCAAACCAAUCCCUUCCACUGAGCCGGUGUUGGUGAAUUCUGCCCCAGUUACAACAAACUGCAUAGCUGGGAAACAAACAGCAUCAUCCUCUGUGUCGUCCUCGAUUUCAACCAUUUCCACCCCAGCUGUAACAACCAAACAGCCAGCUGUAAACCCUACGGCCAAAAUAACACCACAGACCAAGAAACCAGUUCCCAUCAAGUUAACUCCCGUUUCCAAUAAGCCAGUCAGUGCUCCUGCUGCAGCUGCUCCUGUAACACCUGUGGCAGUUAAAGUGGAGGAGCCUGUUCAGCACAAAAUUCCAAAGAUGGAGCCAAAGACUGAAGAUGACCGAGCUGGAGGCCAGGGUGACGUCCAGCCUGUGGGACAUGACUAUGUUGAGGAGGUACGUAACGAGGAUGGAAAGGUGAUUCGAUUUCACUGUAAACUAUGUGAAUGCAGCUUCAAUGACCCCAAUGCUAAAGACAUGCACCUAAAGGGACGAAGGCACAGACUGCAAUACAAGAAAAAAGUCAACCCAGAGCUUCCUGUGGAGAUUAAGCCUAGCAAUCGAGCCAAGAAGCUUCAAGAGAGCAAGCUGAAGAAGCAGAAGCUGAAGGCCACGCUGAAAAGACAGAGAGAGGAUGAGCAGCGCUGGCACGUGGAGAUGAGACGGUAUGAGGAGGACAUGUACUGGAGAAGGAUGGAAGAGGAGCAGAUGUACUGGGGAGAGCAGAGACGCAGGAUGCCACCCCCACCUCCUCCACCUCUUAUGAGUCGUCCCGGUAUGCCAGUUCCCCCUCUACUGAAUUGUGUUUGCCGCCCUGAUUCUGCCGAUGAUCGUCACAUCAUGGCAAAGCAUUCGACUAUUUACCCAGUGGAAGAGGAGCUGCAAGCUGUUCAGAGGAUCGUCUCCCAUUCCGAGCGAGCUCUUAAACUGGUGUCAGACUCCCUGCUUGAGAAGGAGGAACCAGCUUCCACCUCCCCUGCUACUGGGGGAGGAGAAGGAACGAACGCUGAGAACCCCGCACGGCUGCUCAAAGGCGUGAUGAGAGUGGGGAUCCUAGCCAAAGGACUUCUGCUUCGAGGGGACAGGAAUGUGGAGCUUGUACUGCUUACUGCUAAGAAACCCACCAUCUCGUUACUAAAGAGCAUCGCCCAGCAGCUGCCAAAGGAACUAUCAACAUUUUCUGAAGAUCAGUAUGAGGUGCAGGCUCAUCCCGAGGAGGCGAACAUCGUGAUAUGUUCAAGCCAGGAGCCCAAAAUGCAGGUGACCAUUUCUCUCACCUCGCCGCUGAUGAGGGAGGACACUGCUGCUGAGAAGGACAAGCAGGCAGAAGGAAAAGCGGCUGAGAAAGAUGUGUCUGAUAAAGACCCUCUGGACGUUUUAAAUCGAAAAAAAUGUUUGGACAACCUGGCUGCUCUCCGACAUGCCAAAUGGUUUCAGGCUCGUGCAAAUGGAUUACAGUCAUGUGUGAUCAUCAUUCGGGUGCUGAGAGAUUUGUGUCAGCGUGUUCCUACCUGGGGGAGGCUGCCUGCCUGGGCAAUGGAGCUGCUGGUAGAGAAGGUGAUCAGCAGUGCCACAGGCCCGCUUAGUCCAGGGGAGGCCAUGCGCCGGGUCCUGGAGUGCAUCUCCAUCGGCAUCCUGCUUCCAGAUGGCCCAGGUUUGAUGGACCCCUGUGAGAAGGAGCCAACAGAUGCUUUGAAGAGCAUGAAGCUUCAAGCCCGGGAGGAUGUAACUGCCAGCGCACAGCAUGCUUUGCGACUCCUUGCUUUCCGCCAGAUUCACAAGGUUUUGGGCAUGGAGUCCCUUCCAGCAUCUAAGGCCAGCGCACGCAACCGCAAACGGCGACGGGACAUCAGUGACACGGGCGAAGGAGAGGGGGAGGGCAAGAAAGACAAGAAGGAGGAAGCUUGACCUUUGCCACCGCAGCAGAGAUUUUUGCUAGUUUAGAGACUGGUAGAAUGUCACUUUCUUUUCUAUCUCAAGCAAAUACUUACACCCACAGAUGUACACUUAUGACUAUAACCUAUGAUUCUACAUGUUACAUGUCUACCGUUAAAUAAAGAGGAAUAAUUUGUUUGGAGAGUUUAGGGGCUGAAGACCAGAUUGAAUGCAGUGUAUUUUGAAUCAUGAUGGAAGGAGGCAUCAUUCCAGCUUGCUUUAACACUAAUUAACCGAACCCUCUUUUUUAUUUUAAGCCAUCACCACCACUGGUUUACAGUUUUUUUUGUACACUAUGGCUCCUGCACCUCGCGUUUCAUUAUUAGUGCUUAAUACUGCUGCUUUUCAGGACAGCUCAAUCUGACUCCUGAUAUCCUAAAUAAACUUUGCUGCUAAAAUAUGUUCAUUAUAAAAAAUAGGAAUCUUUGCAAUGUUUGAGGAAGAAACACAUGCAGUACUGUGAUGUUUACAGUGCCUAAAUAUAUGGGGGGAAAAAACAAUAAUAAAAGGAGUACAAAUAUUCAGGUCACUUUUGCCCCAUCAAAAGCUAAUGUUAUAUAAAGAUACUUUAUGAUGGAGCUCAAACCUUCAAAGAAACUUACAAAUAAGGUCAAAGCUAACCUAUGUCAUGAAACCUAUUGACAGGAACUAACCUUUGAGGUUUUUUUUUUAGGGGGCUCGCACUCUGCAAAAAGAGGCGUUUUCUUGCACACUGGUCUUCAGAGGAAACAAAGCACUUAGAAGAUAACAAUUUAUGCAGCCAUAGUUUUAUCCUUUUGUAUUAUAUACCUUGAAAUCUUUUUUUUUUCUUUCAGAGAAGAUUUAUGUAGGAGGGGAUCUUUAGUUAGAAAAAAAGGAUUCAAAAAUCUGCCGUACAGAUGAAAUAAAGUCCCUUGACUUUCUUCCUUGUGCCUGCAUCAUGUGUUUUAAAAAAGAUUGAUAAGAAGAAAGAAACAACUUCUUUUGUGUGGUUAGUGUUUCAGUUAAUAAUGGAGAACAUGUGGGGCAGGAAACGGUUGCACAACUUGGGGAAAAAAAACAAUGUGAGAGAGUGACUUGACAUGUUUUAGUUUGAUUUUUAUUUACAAAGAGCCUGAUGUGGGUUCUUAUUUUAUUUCCUAAGGACGUCGCAGUCUGUUUUUGUAUCGUUUAAACGGGAAGUGUGAACGUCGCAGUCCUAUUAUUUGAAUGUACUUGUAGUGAUGCGUCAAAAUAAAGAGUGUAAUAAAUACC